AGUGAACUCAGAUAAAAACUGACCUGCUGGACGGGGAGGUCGAUAAUUGAAACACAAUAAAAACGGACCAACUUUAGUCAGUUUUAAUUCACAAGUAUUCAAAGGUUCUGUGCUCACCAACUGGCAAGAAAAAUGAUUCUUCAAGAGCAAGGCGAGACCGACACCGCGGCCUGACAGACGUGGAGUUCCAAUAAAUGAACAAUCCACAGGGCACAGUUCAUUUAAAUGGAUAAAUUCCAUAUUCUGUUGCCAGGUUUCAGCGAGGAAUAAGAAGUCCAGAUUUUACCUUGUAAACAAGUUAUUUAAUGUGAGAGUCUGAUUCGCUACUGAGCGUGCUUUAAUGAAACAUAUUUUAACUGAGGAAGUCGUGUGGUCAUCAGCAGAGGGUGAAGUGGACAGAUCGUUUUCGGACCGCGGCGAUCCCGACCACAACAACGAUCUACAUGGGUCGGAGGAGGCUUCAUUGUUGGCACAGCUGAGAUGGUGUACACACCCUCUAUGGGACUAACCUCGGCAAUCGUGAUGCUAAUUGGAUACACCUCAACUCUUAUUAUUGUUGCUGUUUCCAGAUCUCCUCUAGUUCCAUAAGUUUAAGCUGCUCCUCCAGUUUAACCCUUUGCAUAUGGCCCAAAGCUUCUCUAAGGGCCUGAAUGGAGCCUCCGCUCUGCAAAGAGUAGGAGGAGGAGCAAUGCCUAGAACUCCUCCCCUCUCGUCCGUCUCUUCCAGUCCGAGAGUGGUUGGCUUGGUGUUUGCAAAGCCAAUGAGAGAAAGAAACUAUAUGACAAUGCUGGACCCUUUCCAUGCCAAAUAUGGGAAAGUACUAACAGCUGGACUGUGCCUGGCUUCAGUUUCUCUUGAUGUGCUCUGGGUGCCCGCAACACUAAUUGGUUUAGGAGGAACCAUGAGUGUGGUCCUGGAUUUGUCCUUCUCUGUGUGCAUGUGGAUCUCUGCUGCCGUCGCCAUUACCUACACACUGCUGGGAGGUCUCUACUCUGUGGCCUACACAGAUGUUAUACAGCUUGUCCUCAUAUUCAUCAGCUUGUGGCUCUGUGUUCCUUUUGUCUUGAUGAACCCUUCCUGCUUGGACAUUAGCCAGACACUGAUGAACAACACCUUACACGCUCCCUGGAUUGGUACACCGGGGCUGAAAAAGACCUGGAUAAUGAUUGAUGAUUUCUUAUUAUUUGCAUUGGGGAGUCUGGGAUAUCAGUGCAUCCACCAGAGGAUCUUGUCGGCUUCUUCCUCAGCCACAGCCAAGCUCAGUUGCUUGGUCGCUGCUUUUGUCAUUCUUAUAUUUGGAAUACCUCCUAUACUGCUUGGGGCAGCUGCUGCAUCCACAGACUGGAACCAGACUUCCUAUGGUUCUCCUUCUCCAUAUGAACGUGGUGAAUCAGCUCUAGCUCUGCCCAUCGCCCUGCAGCACCUCACCCCGUCCUUCAUCUCCAUUAUCGGUACUGGAUGUGUAGCUGCUGCCGUGAUGUCAUCGGCUGACUCUGCUAUGCUCUCUGCAGCUUCUGUCUUCACCUCCAACAUCUACAAGAACAUCCUGAGGCCUCAGGCAUCAGACAGAGAAAUUCAGUGGGUGAUCCGUGCUUCUGUGUUGGUAGUGGGCGUGGUCGGUACAUCACUCACCAACCUGAAAAACAGCAUCUUACUGUUGUGGUUCAUUGGUACUGAAGUGGCCUACAUCAUAAUGUUCCCUCAACUCGUCUGCGUCCUCUUCUUCAACAUCUCCAACGGUUAUGGAGCUGUUAUUGGCUUCUUGGUGGGAUUGGUGUUAAGACUGCUCAGUGGACACCCAUCACUAGGAUUAGCACCAGUCGUACACUUCCCAGGAUGCACUCUUGAGGAUGGUGUUUAUGUCCAGUACUCUCCAGUUAAGACCAUCUCCAUGCUGUCUGCCCUCGCUGCCAUCUUGUUGUUCUCCUACCUGGCUUCUGUGCUCUUCAACAAAGGACUGCUUCCUGAGAAGUGGGAUGUGUUCAAAGUGAAAGCCCAGAACUCACCACAACCAAUGACACCAACAGAUGGCGCCACAGAAGAUAAUAAGAAUGAGGAAUUGAACAGAAACAACUCUCAGACCGAGGCAUCAGAGCCAAUGAUUAGCACUAGCUGUUAGUGUUAGUGUUUGUUCAGUAGUUUUUUUUUAAAAUCAUACAGACUAGUAAAUAGCUCAAAGUAUAUCACUCUGGAGUUUUCUGCAUCCAAAACAUAAAUAUAUCAUGAAAAAUGGAUACUGUGUUCUACAACCACUGACACCAACAGAUGGU